AGCUUCGCCGAAGACAAACAAGAGGACAAGACCCACUCGACGUAGUUCAUCCCUUUUCCACCCAAAAAAAAAUGUUCGCUCUCUCUGAUAUUAUCCUCAUAAAUUCAAAAUCAUAGUCCCUCUCCUCCCAAAUGAACCGGCCAUGAACCUGUCAACACCUCCUCCAUCGCCGCCCUCCUCUUCCUCCAUUUCUAACCAGAGCUCUUUCUCUUUAACCCACACCUUCACUCUCCACUGGCUGAACCUACCGGCAAAACCCACGCGCCCCUUUCGCGUGCAUACCACAGCCAACCAAACUAAUUCUACUGAUCUCUCUAUCUUUACCACCAACGCUACAGUUUCCAGCUCCACCAACAAUGAGCAACAGCUCUUGUCUCUACUUCGUCAAAGAAAAACAGAGGAGGCUUGGAUUGAGUACACUCGGUCCACUCACCUCCCCGGACCCACUUGCCUUAGUCGUCUAGUCUCCCAAUUAUCUUACCAGAAGACUCGUGUCAGCCUCACGCGAGCGCAGUCCAUUAUCACGCGCCUCCGUAAUGAGCGCCAGCUCCACCGCCUUGAUGCCAACUCCCUUGGCCUCCUCGCCAUGGCUGCAGCUAAAUCCGGCCACACACUUUAUGCUACCUCAGUUAUCAAGUCCAUGCUUCGCUCAGGCUACCUUCCCCAUGUCAAAGCAUGGACCGCCGCAGUCGGUCGCCUCGCUGCAUCCGGCGAUGAUGGGCCCGUGGAAGCUAUCAAGCUUUUCAGCUCGGUUAUUCGCCGAGUCCGCCGCUUCAAUGACCCGGCCGUGAUUGCCCAGUCGAGGCCAGAUACCGCUGCAUAUAAUGCGGUUCUCAAUGCUUGUGCCAAUCUUGGUGAAACUAACCGAUUCCUGCAGUUGUUCUAUGAAAUGCCUGAGUUUGGUUGCGAGCCCGAUUCCCUAACCUACAAUGUUAUGAUCAAGCUGUGCGCAAGAGUUGAUAGGAAGGACCUGAUUGUUUUCGUGUUGGAGAGGAUAAUUGAGAAGGGAAUUCGCUUGUGUAUGACUACACUGCAUUCACUUGUUGCAACCUAUGUUGGGUUCGGUGAUUUGAGAACGGCAGAGAAAAUUGUGCAAGCGAUGAGAGAGGGGAGGAGAGACCUCUGCAAGAUUCUACGGGACUCAAAUUUGGAGGAUGAGACUGAAUAUGACCAUGAUUUUAAUGAUUGGGAAGAUACGAAUCUAAAUGAGGAAAGAGAAGAUGAUGAUGUAUUUGCGAAAUUGCUUCCUAAUUCGAGUAAACCGAGUGAUGAGCCCCCAUUGAUGCCAAAAAUGUUUGCUCCUGACUCUCGGAUUUACACUACCCUAAUGAAAGGUUAUAUGAAGGCAGGCCGCGUCAUGGACUCUGUAAGGACUCUAGAGGCAAUGCGGCAUCAGGAUGAUAGUGCCAGUCAUCCUGACCAUGUUACAUACACAACCCUAGUAUCUGCAUUUGUGAAGGCAGGGUCCAUGGAUAAGGCUCGUCAAGUACUAGCCGAAAUGACAAGGGUUGGAGUGCCUGCAAAUAGGAUUACAUAUAAUAUUCUGCUCAAGGGUUACUGCAAGCAGUUGCAGAUAGACAAGGCAAAGGAACUGCUCAAGGAGAUGGCUGAUGAUGGGGUUGAACCUGAUGCGGUUUCCUAUAAUAUCCUGAUUGAUGGAUGCAUACUAAUUGAUGACAGUGCAGGGGCUCUUGCAUUCUUCAAUGAAAUGCGAGCAAGACAAAUUGCUCCCACCAAGAUUAGUUACACUACUUUAAUGAAAGCUUUUGCCAUGUCAGGCCAGCCAAAGCUGGCCAACAAGGUGUUUGAUGAGAUGCUGAGAGACCCAAGAGUUAAAGUUGAUUUGAUUGCGUGGAACAUGCUGGUUGAAGGAUAUUGCAGGCUGGGCUUGGUUGAAGAAGCCAAGAAGAUAGUUCAGAGAAUGAGAGAGAAUAAUUUCCACCCUAAUGUAGCAACUUAUGGAAGUCUCGCAAAUGGGAUUUCACUGGCUAGAAAACCAGGAGAAGCGCUAUUGUUAUGGAAGGAAAUAAAGGAGAGGUGUGAAGUGAAAAGGGAAGAAAGCUCGGAUGGGGAUUCUUGUUCUCCCCCACCACUGAAACCAGAUGAAGGGUUGUUGGAUACUCUGGCUGAUAUUUGUGUGAGGGCUGCCUUCUUCCGUAAGGCUUUAGAAAUUGUAGCGUGCAUGGAAGAGAACGGCAUACCCCCAAAUAAAACCAAGUACAAAAAAAUUUACGUGGAAAUGCAUUCAAGGAUGUUCACUAGUAAGCAUGCUUCCCAGGCCAGGCAGGAUAGAAGAAUUGAAAGGAAGAGAGCAGCUGAAGCUUUCAAGUUUUGGUUAGGUUUGCCCAACUCUUAUUAUGGGAGCGAAUGGCAGUUAUAACCUUCAAAUGAGUAGGACAUCUGGAUGGGUUGGCCGAAAUACUCGUCCAACUCAACAUGGUUAUUUGGUGUCCUUGUAUACUAGGAUUAAAAUAUUCAGGUAUGUAUGAAGUCUGAACCUGGAUGAAAAUAUAUGAAUUUCAGAUGUAAUAUAAUAGUUCAAAAA